AUGCGUUUCCAGCUAGUCCAUGUCCUUGCUGCCCUUGCAGUUGCCCUAAGCUUGGCCGCACCUACUGCUGAUCAAGGAAAGGGUUUAAUUAAUCUAGUUACUACUGAUCUCCAAUUAAAGGCUGGAGAGAACAGUCUAGAAGAUCAAGCUUCUAGCCUUGAUAGCAUUAACAAGCGUGGUAAUAAUUUUGAAUUUGUUUUCACCCGUUUAUUUGGAGGACUUGUACACGAGACUGGAGGAGUCUCUGUCUCUUUUCUCUACAAGGACAGAGUGGUUUUAAUGACUGUUUACAACCACCUAAGCCACCAGAUAUCAGCACAAGUUAAGGAUUACACUAAAGGCAUAGACGUUAUAGUCCUACCAGUACCCUCGCAUUAG